GGGGGGGGGGAGAAGGUCCGCACUUCCGUCUUCAGGGCUUUCUCCCUGGGGGACCUGCUAUCAGUGGCGAGCUGUGCUAUCUCUCCAAGGCUCCCAGGUUUGGCGCCUGGAAAACUCAACGUUCCGCUUUUUCCUGCCCUUGGCUCCGCCUCAGCUCUAGCCCAGUCUCCCUGCUGGCCCUCCCCGUCCCGGCAACCUCUCGGCUGACUUUAGCGGGAGCUUGCGGGCAAGUCUCCGCGCCUGCCCCGACCCCGUGAGGGCUGUGAGCAUCCAAGGGCCCCUCUCCGCAGGGCCCGAGCACCCCCGCAAGGAGCUCCCUCCUGAGCUCUUGAGUGCAGGCAGAGAUUCUCUCCUACGGUCGCCACCGCUCAGCCCUCGGAAGGACCUGGGCGCAGCGCUUUGGCUGUCCCCACUCUCUGGGAGACUGACAUCCCGAGGGAGCCCGGAGCUUGGAGACACCCUUUGGUCUAGCCAGUCGAGCAGUGGGCGCAGCAGCCAGCCAGGCCAGCCAGGCAGCGUCGGGCGCCGGUGCCAGAGACAGUGUCCCCCGCGGUGGGGAGCGCGAUCGACGCGCCCUGGGCGCAAACCCCAGAGGCCUCCUCCGGGCUGGCCGUCGGGACUGUCCUCCGCGCUAGGAGGAGCUUGCUGGGGACUCCGAGGCGGCCGGACGAGCGGGAGCGCAGCGUCCCUGCUCCGACUGCAGAGGGGGAGUGGCGCCGCCAGGCUGGAGCUGCGAGCCCCAAAGCGCCUUGGCCGCCGCGGCUCGGGGUGAGCCCCCGCCCCCGGCCCGACCCCCUUUCCUAGAAGGCUGCUGAUGGAUCUCCUGCUUGUGUCCUUCGGAACGCGCGGGCGGCUCAGGAGCUGAGCCGGCUGGGCACUGCCUCCCGCUGCCCCUGGGAGCCCCCGGCCGCCCCACCUGGCAGCGCUGCUCGCGCCCCUUCUGGGCGCGCGCCCCACCACUGGUGUUCCAGGAGCUGGGGGAGCUGCCCUCGGGAACAGCCCGGCCAGCCGAGCGAGAUGUCCGCGCAGAGCCUGCUGCACAGUGUCUUCUCCUGCUCCUCGCCGACCUCGGGCAGCGCCGCCUCGGCCAAAGGCUUCUCCAAGAGGAAGCUGCGCCAGACCCGCAGCCUGGACCCAGCCCUAAUCGGCGGUGGCGGCUGCGGCGGGGGCGAGGCGGGCGCCGAGGGCGGCUCGCGGGGAGCCAGUGGCCACCUCUGUACCCCGCUGGCCCAGGCCGAGGGUCUCGGACCCCGCUCAACUUUCUCUUCCCGGGGCCCACCCUCCAGGGCCACUCGACUACCGCCCCCUAGACCCCUCUGUUCGUCCUUCUCCACGCCCAGCACCCCGCAGGAGAAGUCACCCUCCAGCAGCUUCCACUUUGACUAUGAAGUGCCUGUGGGUCGUGGAGGCCUCAAGAAGAGCAUGGCUUGGGACCUGCCUUCUGUCCUGGGGGGGCCAGGCAGUGGCCGCAGCGCCAUCCUCUGCUCCGCGGGAGGAGGUCCCAAUGGUAUCGGUAUCUUCGCUUCUCCCAGGAGGUGGCUCCAGCAGAGAAAGUUCCAGACCCCACCCAACAGCCGCAGCCACCCCUACAUCUUGUGGAAGUCUGAGGGUGAUUUCACCUGGAACAGCAUGUCAGGCCGCAGUGUGCGGCUGAGGUCAGUGCCCAUCCAGAGUCUCUCGGAGCUGGAGCGAGCCCGGCUGCAGGAAGUGGCUUUUUAUCAGCUGCAGCAGGACUGCGACCUGAGCUGCCAGAUCACCAUUCCUAAAGAUGGACAAAAGAGAAAGAAGUCUUUGAGAAAGAAACUGGAUUCACUAGGAAAAGAGAAAAACAAAGACAGAGAAUUCACCCCGCAGGCAUUUGGAAUGCCCUUAUCCCAGGUCAUCGCCAAUGACCGGGCCUACAAGCUCAAACAGGACUUGCAGAGAGAUGAGCAGAAGGAUGUAUCUGAUUUUGUGGCUUCUCUCCUGCCGUUUGGAAACAAAAAACAAAACAAGGAACUCUCAAGCAGUAACUCAUCUCUUAGCUCCACCUCGGAGACACCGAAUGAGUCAACAUCCCCAAACACCCCAGAACCGGCUCCUCGGGCCAGGAGGAGGGGAGCAAUGUCAGUGGAUUCGAUCACAGAUCUUGAUGACAAUCAGUCUCGGCUCCUAGAAGCUCUGCAACUCUCCUUGCCUGCUGAGGCUCAAAAUAAGAAAGAAAAAGCCAGAGAUAAGAAACUCAGUCUGAAUCCUAUCUACAGACAGGUCCCCAGGCUGGUGGACAGCUGCUGUCAGCAUCUAGAAAAACAUGGCCUGCAGACAGUGGGAAUAUUCCGUGUUGGGAGCUCAAAAAAGAGAGUGAGACAAUUACGUGAGGAAUUUGACCGUGGAGUGGAUGUGACUCUGGAGGAAGAGCACAGCGUCCAUGAUGUCGCCGCUUUGUUGAAGGAGUUCCUGAGGGACAUGCCAGAUCCCCUCCUUACCAGGGAGUUGUACACGGCUUUCAUCAACACUCUCUUGCUGGAGCCUGAGGAACAGCUGGGCACCCUGCAGCUCCUCAUCUACCUUCUACCUCCCUGCAACUGCGACACCCUCCACCGCCUUCUCCAGUUCCUCGCCAUUGUGGCCCGCCACGCCGACGACAAUGUCAGCAAAGAUGGGCAAGAGAUCACUGGGAAUAAGAUGACUUCUCUGAAUUUGGCCACCAUAUUUGGACCCAACCUGCUGCAUAAGCAGAAAUCGACAGACAAAGAAUUCUCUGUCCAGAGUUCAGCCCGAGCUGAGGAGAGCACAGCCAUCAUCGCCGUGGUACAGAAAAUGAUUGAGAACUAUGAGUCCCUGUUCAUGGUUCCCCCAGAUCUCCAGAAUGACGUGCUCAUCAGCCUGUUAGAGACUGACCCAGAUGUGGUGGACUAUUUGCUCCGAAGAAAGGCCUCCCAGUCAUCAAGCCCUGACCUGCUGCCGUCGGCGGAAGUUUCCUUUUCCAUGGGAGGAAGGCACUCGUCCACAGAUUCCAACAAGGCCUCCAGCGGAGACCUCUCCCCCUAUGAUAACAAUUCCCCAGUGCUGUCUGAGCGCUCCCUGCUGGCUGUGCAAGAGGACCUGGGCCCCGGGGGCUCGGAGAAGCUGUACAGAGGGCCAGAGCAGUAUCUGUCGGUGGGCCACUUGCCAUCGUCCAAGGCAAGGGAGAGCGCCGCUGCUGCAAGGCUGGGCAAAGAUCUGUCAGAAGAACCUUUCAAUAUCUGGGGAACAUGGCAUUCAACAUUAAAAAGGGGGUCCAGAGACCCAGGAAUGGCAGGUUCGCACGGAGACAUUUUCGAGAGCAGUGCCCUCCGCCCUGGGCCGUGUUCCCUUUCUCAAGGGAACCUGUCCCCGACCUGGCCUAGAUGGCGCGCAGGCCCUGCAGAACUGGAGAGCAGCGCGCAGGCGGCGGCCAGGACUCAGGUGGCCCGCGUGUGCAGCUCGCCCUCUGCGCGCGGGGGUCGCGGGUCGUCGGAGCGCACCCCGCCGCGGCCCCAGCCCAGCCUGCCGCCCAGCAGCGCCGUGGACCUGACGGGGGGCGAGCCCGACGGGGCCUGGCUGCGGGGCCGGGCCCAGCCUGGGCACCAGAGACCCGAGCACAGGCCGCCGCCCCCCUACCCCGGCCCAGGGAAGCCGGCCUCGGCCCCACCGCCCGCCGCACAGCCCCCCCUGUGGCGGUCUCGGGGCUCGGAGGAAGGCCCCCCUACAGUCUGGGAAGAAGAGGGAAGCCCAGCCGCCCAGCCGAGACGCAGCAGCGCCUACGCCAGUUCCGCCGGAGACCCCAACAGCAAGACCUUGGGGGACCCCAACUGGCUGGAUUGGCAGAGAGAUCGAUGGCAAAUCUGGGAGCUCUUAUCCACCGACAACCCCGAUGCGCUCCCGGAGACGCUGGUAUGAUGAGCCGAGCCCCCACUUUGCCCCUCACCGCACCCCCACAGCCUCCCUCCACUAGGUGGCGUCGGGCCAUCGCCCACCUCCUCCUUUUUCCUCUUUCACACUCAAAAAACCCACACCAGAGAGACUCCAUUCACUUAGAGCACCCUCCCCGGUCCCCCACACCCUGGCCAUUUAUAGUAAGGUCCUAUUACAUAGCCAGCACUGGGGGGAAAAAAAAAAAAACGAAAACAAAAUCAGAUGGCAGUGUCCAAUCUCAAAACUACUCACGUUGGCUCUGUAUAAGAGAAAACUCUUGCUUUGGUAUAGCUUCGUUGUAUUUAUGUGUCUUCAGUUUUGACUAAUGUAUAUUCUGUGACAGGCUGUGUAUGAUAAUCGUAUAUGCUAUAGUCACAGCAAGCCGAAGAAACCAGUGUUUUUUCAGUCACUUCACUUAUACUAAGCAACGGGAGUAUAGAGUAUUCUAGAACACGCACACGUGCGUUUCUGUGCUUUUGCCAUCGCAUUCUAUCUGGGGACAACCCUUCCUUCAGUGCUAACCCAAAACACUAACAGAACGAAAUGAAACAGAAUGAGAAGCCAUAUUUUUCUAUCGCAGUGAGAUACAAAAAAAAAAAAAAAAGUAUAGUCACCGAGAGCUUUUUCAUAUGGGAUAUGUUUUAGGGAAAAUACUAGCUUUGAUACAUUAUGGAAUAUAUUUUUGGUAUCUGUUUAGAAAGAAUUCAGUGACGCACAGCGGAGGAAAGCAUGCCUAAUGAAGUAAGACCCGAGCCACAAGUCCACCUUCCCAUUGUCGGUCCGCUUCAGUUUCGUACAGACCAUACCUAAUAUAUAUUUAUGAUGUGUGGCUUUUGUGUAUUUUUCAAAACUACAAACUGGAAUCCGACUGUGCUGUGUGCAAACCUAAACAGAGUAUUCGAAUUCCAGAGCGUGGUUUUGCCCCUCGUGUCCUAUAUCCAGUAUUAACCAAACUAUGUGCAGUGCUGUAGAAAGUAAAACAUAUUUUGGGAAAAGAAGCAAUUGCUUUCUAUAUACAUUGUGCCAAAAGCUGGGGAAAGAGUUCCUUUCGUGAUUUUAUGUGUAUUGUAAAACGUCCUCCUGUAUCUCUAUAGUUACAUUUCAAGAUCUUCAACAGCAAAAUCGUUUCUGACCAGCAGGUGGCGAUUCACUUCAGCAUUUUACAAGAAUUGUGGGUGUUUUGUUUUGUUUUUCCACUUCAUAAGGGAAUGUGUAUUAUAGAGUAUAUAUAUACACACACACACACACACACAUGCUACUCUUCAUGUUCAAGUUAGUGGCGGCAUUUUCCGUGGCGUUUCUUGAACUUCUGUCUUGUGCCAUGCUGAAUAAAAAGUUAAGCAGA